AUGUCAGAAGAUCAGCAUGUUGAUCACUCUACUGAAGAGGGAGGUGAUGAAGUUGGCUAUGAUAUAGUUGAUGCAAGGCCGGACAGAAGUAGCAGAUUCUCACUUUUUGCAAAAAAAAAGAAGAAUGGAGAAGAAGAACAGCCAAAGCCCUCUCUCAGUAAUCAAUACCGAAUUGUUACACCCACAUUCCAGUAUAAUAUGGACUACAAGAAAGUGGGCAAAUGUAUUAUUAUAAACAACAAAAAUUUUGAAGACAAGACAGGAAUGGGUACACGCAAUGGCACUGAUAAAGAUGCUGGAGAUCUAGCUAAGAGUUUUAAAAACUUAGGUUUUGAUGUUCACACCUACAACGACCGAAGCCGUGAUGAUAUGGAAAAAUUACUGAAGCAAGCUGCCGAGGAGAAUCACAGUGAUGCUGCUUGUUUUGCCUGUAUCCUUCUAAGCCAUGGGGAAGAAGGUCUCAUCUAUGGCACAGAUGGACCCAUGGCUAUCAAGAGUUUGACUGCACUAUUCAGAGGAGACAAGUGUAAAAGCCUUAUAGGCAAACCCAAAUUAUUUUUCAUUCAGGCAUGCAGAGGCUCUGAAUUUGAUGAAGGUAUACAAACUGACUCUGGACCUGCAAAUGACAAUCUGGAAACAGAUGCCAACCCGAGAUACAAAAUCCCAGUAGAAGCAGAUUUUCUGUUUGCUUAUUCCACAGUGCCAGGUUAUUACUCCUGGAGGAAUCCUGGAAGAGGCUCCUGGUUUGUGCAGUCUUUGUGCUCUGUGCUAAAUGAGCAUGGAAAACAACUUGAAAUCAUGCAGAUCCUCACAAGGGUCAACUAUGUGGUUGCCACAAAUUUUGAAUCACAGUCUGAUGAUCCACGCUUCAGUGAGAAGAAGCAGAUUCCCUGCGUGGUCUCUAUGCUCACUAAGGAACUGUACUUCUGAAAGUGUAUUUUAAUGCAGCCAGUGAUGAAAGAUCAGGAUAUGGUUUUGGGUGGAGAUGUGAUUAUGAACAGGAGUAACGUAUUUUUAAUAACAAAUGUAAUUACACUGGAUUU